AUGCGCUCAACCGGCCUGCUUUCAUGCCUCGCCGUGCUCGCCACACCGGCUCCGCGCCAGACAGGAACCCGCGUCCAGCACAAAGACACCGGUGACCAGCAGCAUCUCUCUAGGUCCCUCACCUACCCCGACCCAAGACCCGACGACCACGGUCCUACUUUCCGGGUCUCUGCCCACUACCUCCGCCUCGGGGGUCACCAGUUCCACUAUGGUGUCGCUGACAUCCUCGACCUCCACCUCUUCGGCCUCGGCCUCGUCGACUGCCAGUACCGUUCCGUGCCAGCGACGCAGACCGACCUCCACGGCGCCGCCUGCCCAGACGUCUACCUCCGCCGCCACAUCUACGUCAGCCACAGAGCCAACCUCAGAGUCGUCUGCACCGGCCCCUACCACAACCUCUACAACAACAGCAGCCCAGACGUCUACCUCUGUCACAACCUCUACGACAACAGCAACCCAGACGUCUACCUCUGUCACAACCUCUACGACAACAGCAGCCCAGACGUCUACCUCUGUCACAACAUCUACGACAACAGCAGCCCAGACGUCUACCUCUGUCACAACCUCUACAACAACAGCAGCCCAGACGUCUACCUCUGUCACAACCUCUACGACAACAGCAACCCAGACGUCUACCUCUGUCAAAACCUCUACGACAACAGCAGCCCAGACGUCUACCUCUGUCACAACCUCUACGACAACAGCAGCCCAGACGUCUACCUCUGUCACAACAUCUAUGUCAACUACCCAGACGUCUACCUCUGUCACAACAUCUACGUCAACUACCCAGACGUCUACCUCUGUCACAACAUCUACGUCAACUACCCAGACGUCUACCUCUGUCACAACAUCUACGUCAACUACCCAGACGUCUACCUCUGUCACAACAUCUACGACAUCCGCGCAGCCUCCAGAGGGUUCCACAAGGUCUACGAGGGGGACAAGGUUGGCAGCGUUGGCUACUACGCCAGAUCGGACAGCGCGAGCGAGGGCGUCACGGGAAACUACCACCAUUGGUGCGUGGACAAGUGCGCCGCGGACAAACAAUGCAAAUCAGUAUUCAUCUACAGGGUACUCACGACCAACGGCUCUACGUACCAACAAAAUUUCUUCUGCGACCAGUUCAACUUGAUGUGGGCGGAGAAUGAUCUGCAGAAGGGCGUCGACGUCAACGAUGCAGGUGUUGCAUUCUCUAAGGAUAGUAAGGCCUAG